AUGGUACUCGCUUUCAACGCGGAGACUCUUAAUGGGCUCUGCUCUAAGGAUCAGCUUGAGCUGCUGGAUUCCAUCGACCAUCUACGUCUUCAAGGGAUUGAUCAUUACAUAUCCCUGCCCCAGAUAAUCGUCUGUGGUGAUCAGUCCUCGGGCAAGAGUUCCGUAUUAGAAGCUAUUUCGGGGGUUCCCUUCCCAGUCAAGAGCAACCUCUGUACAUGCUUCCCUACAGAGCUUGUUCUUCGACGAGCAGCCGACACUGGAGUAACUGUUUCUAUUAUCCCCGAUAAUCCUCCCAAGUUCCUAAAACAGAAUGGUGCCCAUAAUAAGUUCCAUGAGGAACUUGCAGGCUUCGAAGGGUUCCCGGAUCUGGUUGAAGAGGCAAAAGCGCGCAUGGGAAUCUCGGCUUCGGGGAAGACAUUUUCUAAAGAUCGGCUUAGGGUUGAAAUUACAGGUCCUGAUCGUCCUCAUCUCACGAUCAUCGACAUGCCGGGCCUCAUUCACUCGGGGAUGAAAUCGCAGAGCCCAGCUGAUGUCAAAUUGGUUCGUCAAGUAGUUAAGAACUAUAUGAAACAAUCCAGAAGUAUUAUUCUAGCAGUUGUCUCUGCUAAGAAUGAUAUUGCGAACCAAGUAAUAUUGAAUCUGGCUCAAGAGGUCGACAGAACAGGUAGUCGUACCAUAGGAGUCAUCACGAAGCCGGACACUUUAGUGCCUGGUUCUCCUAGCGAGUCUCACUAUGUCUCACUUGUUAAGAACGACGAAGUAAAUUUUGACCUCGGUUGGCAUGUACUCAAGAAUCUUGACUCGGAAACACAAAAAGGGUCUUCUCUUCUGAGCCAACGCAAUGCUGAAGAGAUACGGUUCUUUUCUAAAGGAGUUUGGAAGGAUCUCCCUUCGUCGAUGUUGGGGAUCAAUGAGCUUAGAAAGAAGCUUAGCAAUGUUUUACUUCGUCAAAUUGCUCUUGAGCUACCAAGUCUGAUCCAUGAGAUUCAACUGAAGCUAGAGGACUCACGCGACCAGCUUGAGGAACUUGGAGAACCUCGACGUACUCUUGACGAACAAAGGCUUCGACUUUUACAGAUUAGCCAGGACUUCCAAUCAAUCGUUGAACGUUCCAUCAGUGGGACAUAUAAUGACACGUUCUUCGAAGACGCCGAGACAUCUCGAGGAUAUCUUCAACGGAUCCGCGCGGUGGCACAGAACUUGAACAGAGAAUUCGCGGAGGAGCUUACCAAACGCGGCCACAAACGCGAGAUUUCAGAUAAGAAGACUUCGAGUCCCGAGGGUCCCGAGUAUAUCACUAAGGAUGGGCUUCUCAACCAUAUUCAGACUGUAAUGCAAAGAACCCGCGGUCGGGAGCUCCCUGGAAUCUUCAGCCCCAUGGUCGUGGCCGACCUAUUCCACCAGCAAUCAUCUCCGUGGGAACAAAUCGCACAGAACCACGUUAUGAAGUCUUGGAGGGCCGUAGAGACAUUCAUCGAGCAUGUCGUGAUUUACGUUGCAGAUAUACCUAUUGGCAAGUCUCUACUUGAUCAAGUAUGCCAGCCGGCUCUUGAUGACCUUCUCGCUCAAGCCAAAACCAAGACUACCGAGCUGCUUAAUUCGCAUCGACGCGUGCACCCAAUCACUUACAAUCGAGAGUACGCGGAGACCAUCCAGAGGGUCGGUCAAUCUCAAAGAGAUGAAUUUUCGCGAAUCAUACAAGAAUUCUUCGGGUUAUCGUCUCUUGGGUCGACGUAUCUAAAUCAACGGUCUUACAACUUCAAUACGCUUCUUGAUAGGCUAGUUAAGACUACGGAACUCGAUAUCGAACGUCUCGCAGCUUCCGAAGCUCUCGAUCGCAUGAAUGCUUAUUACAAUAUUGCUAUGAAGCGUUUUGUCGACAGCAUUGCUACCGAAGUCAUCGAGGAGAAACUUCUCGCAGCUCUUUCGAAUAUCCUCUCUCCUGUAGCAGUCUUCAACAUGUCACCCGAACUGGUAGAACGCAUCGCUGGGGAGUCACGGGAAAGCCGCGCGAUGCGAGAUGAACUUACCAAGAAGAUUGACGUCCUUCAGAAAGGAUCGGAAACUUGCAAGCGUUUUGUUGAUUCAAAACUAAGCAGCGCUGACCCGCCUCCCCGCUCGGAAAAGAUUGAGACUCAAGAUGAUCUCGAGUCGGGUGACGAGUUUCCGGAUGUUCAAACCCUAAGCGCCGAGGAAACAUUCGAUGAAGAUUGA